UAAUCUGCCUAAUGCGGAAUUAGCCGUUACACCUUUCAUAACAAAUACUGAUUUUUCAAAAACUUUCCCUCGGUUCGUAUAUUGUAGGACGGGACUCAAAUUAUCGAACUUCAUAACUUUUAAGUUUUCAAAAGUUGAACGGCUGAAUUGAGGGCUAAAGGUGGUUAGCGGGGCUAGUUCCGCCUUCUGGGCCAGUGUUGGGUCGUGUGAUUGGAGAUCAGCGACUCGUCAAGUGUCACGUUAGGAUCCACGUUAAGAGUUACAGACUAACCUUUGCUCCGUGUGUCCAUGGGCUGGAGAGAAAGUCAUUUUCUUAUUAAAGGGAUUACUGUCAACACUCGGCAACGGAGGAUUCCAUCUGGUGCCAGCGAUAACCCCAGCAGCCCAGCGUCCGGGCACUGUUGCAGGGAAUCGUCAGGACCCCAAUGAUUGUCAGCAGAUGAGCUGUGGACUACUGUGUUUGGGACACUAAUGGAAAAUCAAGAUGAGGAAGUAGACCUGCAGCGGAGCUCGACCGGGAGCGAGGGGGGCAACUCUGGAGAUGGAACGCCUCCAUCCAAGCGCAAGGGCAAGUUCUCCAGCCUGGGCAAGAUCUUCAAGCCCUGGAAGUGGAGGAAGAAGAAGCCCAGCGAUAAGUUUGCCGAGACCUCCAUCGCUUUGGAAAGACAGAUAUCGGUGAGGAAAUCCCGGCAGGAGCUGAUUGAGAGAGGGGUGCUGAAGGAAAUUCCUGAGAAUCAGAGCAACCGGCACAAGUCUGGCCCCGUGAAGAACGGCCACCCGGUGGCCAUGGACGUGGAGCGGGAGUCGGAGGCCGGCGUGCGAGUGCUCCGCGGGGAGUCUGAUUCGCGCGCCACGCCCAUGUGGCUGCCUCAGGGGGAGGAGCGGCGGAGCCGUGUGCCGUCGGACGCCUCGCGCGUCCACCGGGCGCCCCUGGACGUGGACUCUCUGGCCCGCCAGGCCGUGGAGGCCGACCGCCGCAGCCGCCUGGCGUCGGACCUGGACAGGCGGGGCGGCUCGUUACCCAGGGGGGCCGUCCCGGAGGAGGUCCGGCCCCGACGGGACGAGAGGAAGGACGGACGGGAGGACAAGAGGGAGCUCAGAGAGGACAAGAGAGAGCCCCGGGAAGACCGGGACAGGAAUGAGGACAAGAGAGAGCCCCGGGAGGACAAGAGGGAGGAGCGGGACAGGAGGGAGGACCGGGACGAGCCGGAGCGCAGGGAACGCCGCGACGACCGGGAUCGUGAGCGGGACCCCAGGGAGAGGCGUGAGCGGAGAGACGACCGGGACAGGAGGGACGAGAGGUCUGACCGCGAGGACAGGGACAAGAGGGAAGAGAGGCCGGAGCGGGAGGAGCGGGACAGGAGGGAGGAAAAGCCGGAGCGCGAGGAGAGGGACAGGAGGGAAGAGAGGCCGGAGCGCGAGGAGAGGGACAGGAGGGACGAGAGGCCGGAGCGCGAGGAGAGGGACAGGAGGGAGCGUGGCGACCGGGACAGGAGGGAGCCGCGGGGGGAGAAGGACCGGCGGGACGACCGGGCGGAGCAGGAAAGGGAGCAGCGCGUUAAGGAGCGGAUCGAGCGGGAGCGCCGGGAGGAGCGCGAGAGGGAAGAGCGGGAGCACGAGAGGGAGGAGCGGGAGAAGGAGGAGCGGGAGAAGGAGGACCGAGAGCGGCGGGGCUGGAGGGGGGACCGGGGGGACGACCGUGACCGGAAGGACCCCAGGCAGGAGGAGCGACCCGACAAGAGACGAGGCGAGGAGGCCGAGCGCGAGCGCAGGGACAAACCGGAGCCCCAGCGGAACCCCGUGGACAGCCUGCGGGCGGCGGGCCGGCCCGUCUCCGAGGUGGACGUCAGGGCGGUCCUGCAGAAGGCGAACUCGGAGGAGAACCGCAGGGUGCGGCCGGCCUCGGAGGCGGACCAGAGGAGCACCCUGCCCAGAUACAGCCCCGCGGAGGAGUUCAGAGGUCGCACAGAGUCAGCUGGCGUCCGCUUCGCCCCCGUUCCGGCGUCCAACCCCGUGAGCGACCCUGAGGCGGCGCGGGACCCCCUGAGGGAGGCCGCCGCCAAACAGGCCCUGCUGCCCCCCAAGAAGCAGAGCCCCCCCCUCCCCACGGCCCAGACGGCCGCUCCCCCCGCCGUCUCUUUCUCCGCCUCUUCGUCCUCCUCCUCUUCCUCCUCGUCCUCGUCCUCCUCGGCCAUGGCGGUGGCCAAGCCCCCGAGGACGGUGUCCCUCAUCAGCGACGACCCCCCCCGCCUGGUCCCCGCCACCCCCGACUCGCCGCCGCCCGUCCCCCCGCACGCCAAGCAGCCCCCCGUGCCCCCGCCCAAGCCCGGCAACCGCAACAGCAACCCGGCGCUGCACGGUGAGUUCCCGCUGUCGCCCGGCGGCCAUUCCUGUUCCCUCUCCCUCAUCCCUCUCCUGUCGCUAGACCGGUCCUGAUUCGGAUUAAGACAGUGGUUGAUUGUGUUGUCAUUAAAGCCGUGCGAGCCGUUGGGGUGAAAGCCAGUGGUUUGGUUUUUUUUUGGGCUAAAUUGUAUUUCCUGGCUUGUACUGUGUCAACCUUCUGUAGUAGUCUGUUUCCCCCCUAGUGGUACACAUUUAGAGUGGACCUCUGGGAUCCCUGAGCAUAAAAGGCUGUGAAUACAAAUUCACUACCUGCUGCCUCGUAUGCAUGUGCUGCACAUGAAGGUUAAACAUUAUAGUUAAUGAUUUGUAUGGAAAUGAAUACUGAUGGAGCGGAGGCUGUGCCACUGGAGAGUCCACCGUUCACGUACAACACAGCCUUGGGUGUUUCGGUUUGUUGUCCUGCCUCGGGCCAACCCCCCCCCCCCCCCACCUCCCUUCCUUCCUCCCUGUCCCAUGACUAUUUAAACUUUAACAUCCAUGCAAAGAGGGCUGCCUUUUUUAAUCCUAAACGGUAAUACGCUGAGGUGGGUGUGCCUAAUAAAUCCUUUUGGCGUGUGUGUAGCACACGCCGUCAGGAAAUAAUAAUGAUGCAAGUUGUUUCCAAUGUUUCAAAUGGCUUAGGGUGCUGCCGUUGGAUUCAAUAACGACCGGGUGCUCUAACCAUCCAGGGAGACGCUGACGCGACCACAUGUGAUUACGGGAACCCAUUCACAAUCUCAUUUCAGCAACGCUCAUCCAAUGAAAUCAGUGAUAUUCUUCACGAGAUCACAAACCUCGGCCUGGAAUUUGAUUUGUCAUUCGAGCCUUAUUAGAAAUAACCUUAUUGUGUAUCGUAAAGGUUGCAAAUUAUUUCCCAGGUUUUUUCAUCGUGGAGUUAGGCGCAUGAUAUAGGGUCCCAUUAUUGGCGAUUACUUCACCGUUUCUUAUUCGAUGCACAUAACGGUACCACUCCCCUCACAGACGGUACGUCUCUCCCGGUCGCCCAUCUCUCCUCACACAAUCUCUUCC